UGGGAGUCUGGUCUGGAAGGCAGCGGGACAACCAGUAGAAGUCGUCCUUGAGUUGUUGCUGACUGCAGAGGAAUAAUUGAAGUAACGUUUUAUUUAUCAUAGAAUAUCAACUCAUUUGAAUCAUAAAUAAGGCUCAGAGGUUUUAUUUUCUCGGUAGAGUUUCACGCCAGAUACAGGAAAAGCAAAGGUAUCAAAUAAAUGCGUUCUUCCACCGACCGGCGGAACAUUGCUGUGGGACCCAGGAAUGGAGGGGCAACGGUGAAGGGAGAUACCCAGAGAGUCCGCUCACCUGACCAGAGCCAAAAUGACCCAUUGGAGGACGACGUCCAGGCCUUUCUUAUUGACGAGGACCAGCUGCACACUUUUGAUGACCUCACCAAAGUGAACCCUGUGACUCCAGCAACAGUGCUAAAAUGCCUGCAGGCCAGGUACAAUUCGAAGGUGUUUUACACCCACGCCGGCUGCACCUUGGUGGCUCUCAACCCUUUCCAGCCCAUUCCAGACCUGUACUCUGUGGAGGUGAUGAAGGAGUAUCACUGCGCUACUCAGCCUCAGGAGUUCAAACCUCACAUCUUUAUUGUGGCGGAGGAGGCUUACAGGAACAUUCAGGGUCAGCUGGAGCCAGUGAACCAGUCGCUGGUUGUUAGCGGUGAGAGCGGAGCCGGGAAGACAUGGACGUCUCGCUGCCUGAUGAAAUACUACGCCACUGUGGCAGCCUCUGCCCAGGCCGUCAGCAGUCAGGACGCGGUGGAGAGGAUCGAGAGGAGAGUGUUGGACUCCAAUCCUCUGAUGGAAGCUUUUGGCAACGCUUGCACGCUGCGCAACAGUAACAGCAGCCGCUUUGGAAAGUACAUCCAGCUGCAGAUGAACAGAACUCAGCUGCUGGUCGGCGCUUCAGUGCAAACGUACUUGUUGGAGAAGACCAGGGUGGCCUGUCAGCCAGCCAAUGAGAGGAACUUCCACAUCUUCUACCAGAUGAUGAAAGGAGCCACAGAUGAGCAGAGAACAGACUGGAAGAUGCCACACGAUCAGUGUUUUGUGUGGCUGCCGAAUUGUGAAAAACAAAUUGAGGAGGAUGGUUUUCUUGAAACCACUGAGGCGAUGGUUCACCUCGGAAUUGAUGCAGAAAGGCAAAGACAGAUAUUUAGGAUUUUAGCGGGGAUUCUGCAAUUGGGGAAUGUGAGUUUCUGCUCUUCAACAAAUGAAUCCCAACCCUGCGACCUUCACCAAGACUCUGAAGACUUCUUGCAGAGAGCCGGCGAGCUGCUGGGCGUCCCAGCGGAGGAGCUCUGUAGGUGUCUGAGAGUGAGGACGCUGAAGGCGGGGAAGCAAAAUGUUCUGAAGCCCUGUUCCCAAGCAGAGUGUGGAGUGAGGCGGGACUGCCUGGCCAAGGUCAUCUACGGCCAAUUAUUCGAGUGGUUAGUGACGUUCAUCAACAGCUGCAUAUGCGCCGACCAGUCCAAAUGGUGCAACUUCAUAGGCGUGCUGGAUGUGCACGGCUUCGAGUGUUUUCACAUCAACAACUUGGAGCAGCUGUGCAUCAACUACGCCAAUGAGAAACUGCAGCAGCACUUUGUGGCCCAUUACCUCCGAGCUCAGCAGGAAGAGUACGUGUCAGAAGGCUUGGAGUGGUCCUUCAUUAAAUACCAAGACAACCAGAGUUGUCUCGACCUUUUAGAGGGAAGCCCUGUCAGUGUGUUUUCUCUUCUUAAUGAGGAGAGUCGUCUGAACCGAGCCUCGGACUCGACAGCGCUGAGGGGUCGCCUGGAGAAGGAGCUGGGCGGCAACGACAACAUCUGCUGGGACAAGUUCAGCACGGUGCCGCACUUCACUGUGACCCAUUACGCGGGCAAAGUUAGGUACCAGUUAGAAGGCAUGGUGGAGAAAAACAAGGACCCGGUGCCACCAGAGCUCAUUGGCCUGCUUCAGAAAUCUGACAAUCUCCUUCUUCGUGAGAUCUUCUCCGACAAGGAAACUGAGAUUCCUCAUAGCAAGGGACUCGGUAGAGUCACAGUGAUCUCCAAGUUUAAGAACUCGCUGGAGAACCUGAUGAAGCUCCUCCUCACCACGGCUCCUCACUACACCCGCUGCAUCAAACCCAACUCCGACUGCAGGCCGCUCACCUUUAAGAACAGAGAGGUUAUUUCGCAGCUGGAGGCCUGUGGGAUCGUGGAGACCAUUCACAUCAGCGCUGCAGGCUUUCCAAUAAGAAUUCCUUUGAAAAGCUUCGUUCAGCGUUAUGGACCGAUCGGGAAAUGUUCAACGUCAAGUCCACUGGAUGCUGAUCCCGACGCCGACGGCGCCGACGUUCUUCAGCAGGAGGUGGAGAAGCUCCUCCGGGUGGCGCUCCAGCAUAAUGUGUCGUGUGACGGACGCAGGUCGUUGGUGCACUGCGGGAAGACAAGGGUCUUCCUCACCCAGCCAAUGCUCGACCUGCUGGAGGAUCGCAGAGGGAAGAUGCUGUCUCGGUGUGCCUUCACCAUUCAGUGCUGCUGGCUGCGACACCAGCGGCGCCGACGCCUCGCCCGCCGGCAGUCUGCCACGUUAAUCCAAGCAGCUGUGAGGUCCUGGCUGGUCAGGAAGCAGAUCCGGAGGUGGAACGGAGCGGCCUCAGUGAUCCAAAACACCUGGAAGAAAUGGAGGGCGUUGUUGAAGUCCUUGGCUGAAGCAGAGCUUGACGAUGCGGCGGACCUGGCGGCGGACGACAGCCCGGCGCUGAGCGCUGUCGUCAGGCAGCGGGGCUCCGUGCAGCUCUCCAGCUUCCAGGAGCCCGUUCCGGUGCGCGGCUGGCCCAUGGGCCUGGCUCUGGCCUCGGCACCCUCCAUCACCGUUUCCCUGACGGCCACGGGCUUCCAGAAGAUGAUUUCCGUGAUGACCUCCCUCAACCUGCCGUCCAGGAGAGGAGAGUACAAGGUGGAGACCAACCAGUACAAGCAGGGGCUCGCCUCCAUUCGGGCUCGGCCCAGGGGAUCUGUGAAACUGCACUAUCAGCGUUCGCCCCUUCUGUAUGCUGACAUGCAGCCGGACCUGAAGAGCAACGUGACGGGGUUCAACGAGAUCCUGCUGGAGAAGACUUUAUAGUAACUUCAGUUGAAACGGUUUACUUAAAAAAAGACAUAUAUAUAUAUAUAUAUAUAUAUAUAUAUAUAUAUAUAUAUAUAUAUAUAUUUUAUGCUCCUCUGCAUCUUUUGUGGAACACUAAAUCAAACAAUUUUUUUUGCCAAAAUACCAAUAUUUGUAAAAGUUAAGUGGUCCAGAUGGAUAAACACAGCAUCAAUUCACAAAAAUAUUAUACACAUUUGAGAUUGUUUUUGGAGCAAUAUUUAUAUGUGAUUCAUAUCUAAAAUAUAUAAAUUAUGAUUAUUUUAAUUGUAGCAUUUUUUUUAAUCAAAACCAUAAAAACCAAUCUGGUUGCAGUUCCUACAAUGUCCUGAAGAUGGCACAAUUUUAGCACCGUAUAGAGUCAAAGCGCCGCUGCCUGCAUGAGAUUAUGUCUGAGCCCAUUAGGCCUUACGGAAAAGCUACAUUUGAUUCAUUUAAGAAAUUACAUUCCAAAAGAAUAAGCAGUCAUGUUGGGAAUAAAACGCUUGGAAUUUUUUAAAAUUUGUGUUUCAAAUUAAAAACAUUGACAGAUGACUUACAAGGAGACACUUGCAUGAAAUUCACUUGGACCAAAGUCUUUUUUUUGUGCAUUUAUGCGCAUGCGACAGCUUCAUUCGUCUGACAGUGUAACUGUUAGGCAUUAUGAAAUUCAGUUUUAAUAAAAGAAGUGCAAUAUAUUUAUAUGCUUUAUCUCCAGCAUAUUUUCCAUUACAUAACAUUAACUGACAGCUUUGGCUCAGAAAAUAGGGACUUACAUAUUUACUAUAUAGCUUAGUGCAGUUUGUCACAUUAACGCCACAAACGUCUAUGAGCAUAUAGUGCUGGUCUGCCUUAGAAAAUUUAUGAAAUCCACAGAACUUUGUGGCAACAUGCAGAAAAGUUAUGUUCUUCCGAUUCACUGCAUGCAUGAAAUAGAUUUACCAUUUGUGGUAAUGUUGCUGCUCUUGGAAACAAAGUCUUUCAUAUACUAGAUCAACGAAAUGCCUGUAAAUGUAAAAUACAAUAUACCAAAGAGUUUUUUUGUCUGGAAAAGGUAGCUGGUCUGUUCUAAACUUUCCAGUUUUUAGCCUCCAUAAAGCACUGAUAAACAGCUUUGACUCAGUAUAUGUAAAAAAAAUAAAUUCCUUUUCAUUUCAUUCAGAUGCAGAUUCAUGAAAAUGUCAUUUAUAAUUUAGUUCAAUCAGCCGUUUUUCUCAGGUACAAAGGGAUCCAUGUAUACAAACUUGAAUCACACAGUCACAGUUUAAUGUUAAUUUGUAAAAACAUAUUUUAUAUAACUGUUAAAUGUCAAUAAAUUAUUUGUGCA